AAAAAGAAAAAGAAAAAACAUCUUAACGCCGUCACGACCAUUUUCUAAUCCAAGUGCUCCGCACUUGACGUCCGUGAUAACAGUACAAAGAUAUAUUGAGUGGGAAUUGCCACGUGCCCCACCCCUAGUCUCCGAAUCUGUUUUGAUUCGAUCCAUAUCCCUUGACCCGUUGAGCUCUCGCCUUUAGAUUUCAUCAACGUCCACCAUUACACGUCAUCCGCCCACGUGGCCCGCCCGGUGCCUUGAAAUUGUACACGUCAUCAUAUUCGCCUCGCCCUGUAUUUUCUUCUCAAACCCAGCGAAGAAGACAGAACAGAACCCCUAAUACACGAUUGGCCUGUAUUCGAUUCACAUCAAUUAAUUCGUGAAGGUCGUAAUUCAAAUUUCAAUGAAUACUGACGCCGAUGGUGAAGGUGAUCGGAAGGGAGCCGAUGAUGGAGUUUUGGUUGAGAGGAAAACUUCGCUUCAGGGGAGUGAUUUGGUCAAGGCUGCGUGUUGGGAGAGUUUUCUUCAUGUGAGAACCAUUCGAGUUUUGCUGGUGGAGGAGGAUGAUUCCACGCGCCAUGUUCUGGCUGCUCUGCUUCGGAACUGUAACUAUGAAGUAAUAGAGGCAGCUAAUGGACUCCAUGGAUGGAAGAUUUUAGAAGAUUUAACCAAUCACGUUGAUAUUGUCUUGACGGAGGUCGCGAUGCCUGGUUUUUCUGGGAUAGCUCUUCUAUGCAAAAUUAUGGGCCACGAAACUCGCAAGAAUAUUCCCGUGAUUAUGAUGUCAGCUCAUGAUUCAAUGGUUUUAGUCUUUAAGUGUUUGUCCAAAGGUGCUGCUGACUUCUUGGUCAAACCCAUACGAAAGAAUGAGCUUAAGAACCUUUGGCAGCAUGUUUGGAGACGAUUCCAUAGUUCUAGUGGAAGCGGGAGCGGAAGUGGUGCACAAACACAAAAAUCCAAAAAAUCAAAAAUUAGUGAAAAAGAAGACAACAGUGGAAGUGACAACGGGGAAAAAAAUGGGAGCAAUGGCUUAAAUAUGAGUGCUGGAAGUGAUGAUGGCAGUGGAGCUCAGAGUUCUUGGACAAAGCAAGCUGUAGAAGUUGACAGCUCACGAUCUAUGUCUCCAAUUGAUCAAGUAGCCCAGUCUCAUGCCCAAGUUAUUCGCCCAAAUACUGAGAUUUCUGGCGACAAAAGGGUGGAUAUUGCUGUAAGGGGAGGCCAUGAACAAAGUCAACCUGAUGCCAUCGCAAAGGGCAAAGACCUGACAGCUGCUCUACCCAGAAACGUGGAAUCAAAUGAAACUCUAUUCACACCCAUCAGUGCAAAACUGAAUUCCUCGUUAAAGUUGGAACACAAGAUGAGCAUUAAGCAAAUCGUCAAUGUACAAAGGAAUCCCACCGAGGAGGACAAAGGGAGCAGUGCUAAAGUGACAGGAAUAUUCAAUAUCAACAAUAAUGCAACUAAUGAUUCUAAAGAACUAAACAUCGAGCUUAGUUUAAAGAGGCUUCGAGGAGUUCAGUACACAGGGGGUUCUAUUCAAGAUGAUCGUUGUGUCUUACGGCGUUCUGAGCAAUCUGCUUUCUCUAGGUAUAAUAAUACAUCAUCGAAUGUGUUCAAGACUCCUCAUGGGAUCAAAGGAAGCAGUAUAACCGAGAAUAGUGUUGAAGUUGCAAAACGAGAGUCGGUGGGUGAUACGCAAGCUCGUUCAACAGACUAUGUUGUAUAUCUAAGUUCCAACGGAGUUGGCAAUAAUAUAGAUAUGGGCUCCACCACUAAUAACAUUGCAUCUUCAGUUAAUGGUUUAUGCCCUCCUACAUUCAGACCUGUGGAAAAUGACCUUAGAUACAGUCAACCACAAGUUAGUCUGUUUCUGCCUAAUGAAAUGCAAACUAAAAACGUAGCUCCUAAGAAUUAUCAUCAUCAUCAACAGCUAUCAUAUAACCAGGAUGAGUCGUCUAUUAAGAAGUUACCGGAAGAUACUCCACAAUGCGGAUCAACAAAUGUUUUAGGUAAACCAAUGGAAGAUAAUAGUAGGAACUGUAGGAAUAGAAGUGCAUCAGGAAGUAACCAUGGAAGCAAUGGACAUAAUGGAACUGUAGGGAGAUAUACCGAAAGUGGUAUUGGGCAAGCCGGAAGAAAUGGAAGUGGAGACACUAGCGGCAGCGGUGGCGGAACGGGAGUAGAUGAAUGCAAACUUGCACCGCGAGAAGCUGCCUUGAACAAAUUCCGUCAGAAGAGGAAGGAAAGGAGCUUUACGAAGAGGGUAAGAUAUGAAAACAGAAAGAAAUUAGCAGAGCAACGGCCCCGUGUUCGAGGGCAAUUUGUUAAGCAAAGUGGGACUGACGAUUCGAACAGAGGUUCCAACGAAUGACUCCAAUCAUUCUUCAGCUAGAUAAUCGUGUACAGGGAUAGUUUUUUUUUUUUUUUUAAUUACAUCUUUUAGAUGUUUGAUGAUUGUUAAGUGUGGUUUUUCACUGGUUGUUAGCAUAUUCACAGUAUAGUCUUUGAUAUGAAUGUCUCCAUAUGCAAGAAAAACUUUUCAAUCUGACACUUUAGUUCUAGAUGAGUUUUCGCAUAGGAAUAUGGUUCCACCCUUAUGAUUGAAAAUGCACUGUAAUCUUCUAGAUUCCAUGAAAUAUUCUAUAGUUUGCACUUGUUUUGUGUAAAAAUGCAGUUUCUGAUGCGCUACAAUCUAAUAUUUACAGGUCAAGAGACA